AUGUCGCUUAGGCCCGGCAAGGCGGUGGGUGGCUCUCCAUUUCCAACCUCUCCAGCCAAUAGAAAGCUGAAUAAGUACAUGAGACUCUCACUAUUUCCCCAAGUCUCCCCCCUCCUUCGCACAAUGAUCUCACGGUCGGCGAUUGGUCCCAAGGCCCAGCUUGCCCUUCGCAGGCAAUGCUGCGCCAAUCCCUCAAACCGCCGCGGCCUCGCUGCCUCCAUUUCCGGAUCAACUUCCUUCUCAUACGAUACCGCCGAUGUCAACGGGGUCAAGGUCGCUAGCAGAGACGUGGCAGGACCGACGACGAAGCUUGCCGUUGUUGCAAAGGCUGGAACGAGAUACCAGACGGCGCCCGGCUUGGCCUCUGGAUUGGAGCACUUCGCGUUCAAGAACACCCACAAGCGAUCCGCCUUGCGAAUUACGAGAGAAUCAGAGCUGCUCGGCGGCCAAUUGACUUCAUAUCACACCCGGGAGGCUCUUGUUGUCGAGGCAAAGUUCCUUCGCGACGAUUUGCCAUACUUUACGGAACUGCUGGGCGAGGUCAUCUCGCAGACGAAGUACACCGCCCACGAAUACCACGAGCAGAUUGAGCCCUUGAUCAAGCUCUCCCAGAAGAAGCUCCUUAGAGAGGUCUCGGAGCUGGCAAUCAACUCUGCACACGGUCUCGCUUUCCACCGCGGUCUCGGCACGCCUCUUUACCCGUCUUCGUCGACUCCUCUCAACAAAUACUUGAACGAGGAUUCUAUUGCGCAAUUCGCCCAGGGCGCCUACGCCAAGCCAAAUAUUGCAGUUGUUGCAAACGGUGCCAGUCAAGCAGAAUUGAGCAAGUGGGUCGGAGAAUUCUUCAAGAAUACCUCAAGCUCUGGCAGUGCCCUGACAGCCGAGGCGACCAAGUACUACGGUGGAGAGGAGCGCAUUGCGCACGAUGGUGGCAAUUCCUUCGUCAUUGCUUUCCCAGGUUCUAGCUCUUUCACUGCAGGCGGAUCAUACAAGCCAGAGGUCGCUGUUCUCUCAGCACUUCUUGGUGGCAAAUCUACCAUCAAGUGGACUCCUGGAUUCUCGCUUCUGUCCAAGGUUGCAUCUGGUUUCCCGGGAAUUAGCGUUGCUACAACCCAAUUGGCCUAUUCCGAUGCUGGCCUAUUGACAAUCCAAUUCAGCGGCUCUGCAUCAGCUAUCCGUGGUGCCACGGCUGAGGCUGUCAAGGUUCUGAAGAGCAUUUCUGAGGGUUCGAUCAGCAAGGAGGAUUUCACCAAAGCCGUUGCUCUCGCAAAGUACCGCGCUUUGGAGGAGGGCCAGAACAUUGAAGCUGGUCUCGUCGCAACUGGCGCUGGUCUCAUUCACGGUGGAAAGGCAUUCCAGAUUGAUGAGGUGGGCAAGAGCGUCGAGGGUGUGACUGCUGAAAAGUUGAAGUCGGCAGCAAAGGCGCUUUUGGAGGGCAAGGCAACUGUUUCAGCUGUCGGAGAUCUCUACGUCCUUCCAUAUGCGGAGGAAUUGGGGCUCAAGGUAUAA